AUGUGUCAUUGGGGCGCUGCUUGCGAUAAGGUUGACUGCUGGCGAAUCCAUCCGCCGGAGCGAGACGACUUUGUCACUCCGCCACAAGACUUCUGCUUGUACCUCGAUGAGAUUCCCAUGGUGCGCCCUGACGUGGCUGCCCUGCCAACGGACAAGGAGGUCUUUAUCGAUCCUUUGCCUUUCGAGAAGGGCACCGACGAAUUGGGACAAUUUCUGGCAGCUUUUGGCGAGGUCGAAGAAGUGCCUUGGCUGGAUGUGGCGGCCUCUUGA